GCAACAUAUCUGACUCGCUCGCAGGACAUGAGUCCAGCAACUGCCCGCGUCCUCGUACUACCGAGAGUAAGAGUGCCUGAAAAUGCUUGAAUCGCGAAGCGCAAGGAUGCUGAUACAUGGCCGUUCAGCCAAGCAAUGCUAUAACUGCCAGGGACUAGGCCACGUUCAGGCUGACUGUCCCACUCUACGCCUUAACGGUGCUAACGGCCGUUGCUACAACUGCGGUCAGCCCGGCCACCUUGCUCGCAACUGUCCCGCUCCCGCUACGGCUGCUCCCCGGGGCCCGGCCGCUCCUCGUGGCGGCUUUAACCCUGCGUUCCGUGGCGGCUACGGGUACGCUCGCACAGCCACUUGCUACAAGUGCGGUGGUCCCAAUCACUUUGCCCGUGAUUGCCAAGCUCAGGCUAUGAAGUGCUACGCCUGCGGCAAGCUGGUAUGGCUUCUAUUCGCCAGUCCCUCAUUCCCCUCGAUCUUCUUGGCUAAGAGUCUCUUUAGGGCCACAUUUCUCGCGACUGCACCGCCCCCAACGGUGGCCCCUUGAGCUCUGCCGGCAAGGUUUGCUACAAGUGCUCCCAGGCUGGCCACAUCUCCCGUGAUUGCCCUAACGGUGACGCCCCCCAGCCUGUCGAUGCGGCCGCCCCUGCUCCUGUCACCGCUGGUGAGACCAACGCAGAGGCCGCUCCUGUUGCGCCUGCAGCCCCCGCUGCUGUCGCAUAAGGGGCACCCUUUAAGAUUGAUCAGUCCCAGUUCAUGGGACCCUCU